AUGUCCGACGCCUACGAGCGCGAGCGCCAAAACAACUCCCGCCUCGACGAGCUCGCCUCAAAGGUCUCCGCACUCCGGGGCGUAACUGUCGACAUCUACGACAACGCGCGGGACCAGCGGGUCAUCGACAGCAGCAACGAGGUCUUCUCUUCUUUCGGGACCAGUCUGAAGGGCAGCGCGACGCGGCUGGGCAGGAUGGCUGCGAGUGGGAACAAGGUCGCUGUGCUCAAGCUCGCGGGGAUAGUUAGCGCGGUUGUGAUUGUGCUGUGGUGGAUUAGUGGGUUUUUCUUCUGA